UGGUGGAGAGGGAAGUUCCGGUUGCGUUCUUCCCAAACUAUUUUCAGCCUCUUGUGCGACUCGUGUCAAACGUCAUUUCUAUGACGUCAUGUUCACGAACAGACGCGUUGUUGAAAGCUGCCAGCAGACGACGCCGUGACGUUAAAAGCACAAAAGCAUACUUCGAGCUUGCUAUUUCCUCCCACUUGAAAAGCAAAUGCUUAUGCCUAUAGGGGGCAGCAGACAGCAGAGUUCCACCUACAUCACUGGUUUCAAACUCGAGGCCCCAGGGCCAGAUGAGGCCCCAGGGCCAGAUGAGGCCCACGAUAUCAUUUUAUGUACCAUGCGAAGGCAAAUCAUGUCCUUUGACUUAAUGUUUCUUGCAAAUUACCUUCACAACACUAACAUAUGAGAUACUGCAAUAUUUCUUGGUGACCAAUACCCCCUUUAAAAUAAACGGAAACAUAGUUGAACAAACAAUUUACUGGCUUCUGAUUUCAAAACUAGUUCGACAUAAAUUUGUUGUUUAAAACUAAGAACAUUAGGUGAUCAUAAAUUCAUGUGGGUUCAAAAUCAUAACGGUCCUCCGAGAGAAACAAUGGCCAGCGACAAAAAUGUGUGACACCCCUGACCUACAUCAUAUUGACAGUACGCUAAUAAAGCAUCUAUAUGUAAUCUAUACAGUAUUUAUGAGAGGCUUCAACAUACUCAUAUACUGUACAGACAGAACAGAUACUUAAUAGUACCGAUACUUGUGUAAAAAAAAAGACUGGUGAGACUGCUGUACUCUAGUAAAAUAAUUUAUAACUGUCUAUUACACUAUUAUAUGCUGUGGCCGUUUUGAUCAUUUUGAAGACCAAAAUGAAUUUUUGUAAUCUAUGAAUUCGUGAUUUUUGGGGAUCCAGGUGCGGGGUCGCAGAUGUUGAAAAAAGUCCACUGUGACAAAAGCAUAGAAAUCUGUUUUCAGAUACAGGCAGUCAAAGUAAAAAUCGUCCGAAAAAUACAAUAUAAACACCAGGAAAUCUAUAUACACUUCAGCACAAUUAUGAAGUAUUAAUAAUUCGUUACUUCCCAUCACUACAGUACUACGUUUGUUGAGGCUAUGAUGGAAUGUGUCAUGUAGUACCGAUAACAUCCAGCGGGUGGCGGUGACUCCUGAAAGUUUGCGAACACUAUUCAAAGAAGAUAAUGCGGAAAUAAUUCGGUCCAUCUAACAUAGUCACCAAAAUGCUAAUAACGUAUUAUUUAGAUAUUAUUUAUUGUUAUAUUACAUUGAGGGGCCCUCAGAGUGAAAUAUGGUGCCGCUAAAGCGAAGAAAAGUGUCCUCCUCGACUGGCGGUGCUUCGACAAGCGACAGCCGGGAUGACGCGUCCAAGUUCCCGCAGGUGGUCCUCUUCCUCUUGGAGAGGAAGAUGGGAACCAGCCGGAGACAUUUCCUCACCGAGCUCGGACGAAAAAAGGGCUUCAGGGUCGACGAGUCCUUCACUGAAAAUGUCACACACGUCAUCUCAGAGAAGAACUCGGGUGACGAGGUCAAAAGUUGGCUGAGUUCACAGGGUCAUGACCCGACAGCUGCUCACCUGGUGGACAUCAGGUGGUUAACGGAGAGCCUGAGUGCCGGAUGUCCCCUCGACAUCCUGCAGCAACAUCGACUGAUGGAGCGGCCGGCAUCAAGCGGAGAUGAGACGGCGACUUUCUCAAUGCCCAUCUACGCUUGUCAAAGGAGGACCACCCUGGACCACCGCAAUGCCGUCUUCACAGAGGCUCUGUCGCUGUUGGCUGAAAACGCUGAGCUCAGCCAGGACGAGGGUCGCGCGGUGGCGUUCCGCCGCGCUGCCGCCACGCUGAAGGCUUUCCCCGAGCCACUGACGGACGCCCGGCAGCUCAGAGGAUGUCCAUGCCUUGGCCAACACUCGCUGUCGGUCAUCCAGGACAUUUUGGAAAACGGAUCAUCCCGGGAGGUGGAGGCCACUAGGCGGUCCGAGCGUUUCAAGGCCAUGAAGCUCCUGACAGCAAUCUUUGGCGUGGGAGCAAAGACGGCGGCCCAGUGGUUCCAAGAAGGCAUCCGCAACCUCCCUCAGUUACAUCAAUCAGGACGCGUCCUCACUCGGGCGCAGCAGGCGGGCGUGGCCCACUACGAUGACCUGACACAGUCCGUUACCAGGGCGGAAGCCGACACCAUCGGCCAAAUUGUGGAGGAAGCCGUUGGCGCAAAGCUGCCGAGCGCCCGGGUCACCUUGGUGGGAGGCUUCAGGAGGGGGAAACUGAGCGGCCACGAUGUCGACUUUCUGAUCACGCACCCGGAAGAAGGGCGGGAGGAGGGUCUGAUUCCAAAAGUGGUGGCGCACCUGGAGGCUCGAGACUUCCUGUUGUACCACAAGAACAACAGAAACUCAUACACGGAGGCCAGCGGGACUCCCGCCUCCACCAUGGAUCAUUUUGAGAGAUGUUUCUCCAUCUUCAAACUUCCUAUGCCGGAGGGAGGCGAGCCGCACUCGCGCCAAGACGACGUGGCGCUCCGGCGUGGCGAGUGCAGGCGGUGGCGAGCUGUGCGGGUCGAUUUGGUGGUCUGUCCGUUCAGCCAGUUUGCGUUUGCCCUGCUGGGCUGGACGGGUUCCAAGUUGUUUGAGCGCGAGCUGCGACGCUGGGCCACUCAGCAGAAGAACAUGUCACUCAGCAGCCACGCCUUGUACGACAACAAACAGCGUAAAUACCUGAAAGCCGCGACGGAGGAGGAGAUCUUUGCUCAUCUCUCACUGGAAUACAUCCCGCCUUCAGAGAGGAACGCCUGAAGAAGCACCGCCACCUGCCGGACUGGACCGUCUUCAGCCCAAGUCGAUAACACGGACGCCAAAAAA